UCACCGAGGUGCUUGGAGUUGUACUAACAGUAUAAUUCUGGAUAAGAAAUGACUGACGUUUCAAAUCUAGUGUAAUUUUGUAAGAUAACAACCAUGCAUGGACCAUCAAGCUAUGUACUCCUGCUAAAGAGAUGAUUAGAGAAUGCUGAUAUGACUCCAAGUUACAAUAACACAACUACAGGCCCUGACCUGGACUUUAAACACUACAUUCUUAUUGUCAUCUCAGUCGUCACCAUCCUCGCCAUCCUGGUGCUGGGAGGCAUCUGGAUAAAGAAAUUUCACUCUUUAAGGAAGACCAUUGAGGACUUGCGUCGAGGACUUGGCCGUCCGCUGAUGAAUGUUCCCCCAGCAACAGCAGACUCCUCACCCCUGCAACCUAGUGUGCCUCAGCCCCUGCCUGGCAUGGUAGACCCCAGGGACACCCAGGGCCCACUGCAGAGGGGUAAAACAUGGCGAAACUCCAGGCUCCCGUGGAGGCCUCCGCCACAGGUUCCCAACAUUACAAGGAUGGACCUGAACCUGCUUCAGCUCAUCAAGGCUGGGAAAGAGGGCGUCUUCUAUAAAGCUAAAAUGACCCGUGGCACGUGCAAAGGCCAUUCAAUGAUCACCUGCAAAAUCUCCAAAGAAGGGGUCAGCCCCAAACAGGUUGAAGUGGAGGCGUCUAUCAUGAGAAAGCUGCUUUACCACAAAAACGUCCUGCAGCUGUUGGAAUGGAACAGCGUGGAGGAACCCUAUAUGCUGAUCAUGGAGUUUGUGAGCUAUGGGACGCUGCGUAAUUUCCUGCAGACACAACGAGAUAAGCUGGCCUCAGACCCUGAGCUGCAAAAUCUCUUCACCAUCUCUUCUUACCACAUAGCCCUGGCAAUGGAGCAUGUGCGCUCCAAAAUGAUAGUGCACUGUGACCUUGCCUUACGGAAUAUCAUGGUGAGCCGGUUCCCCUGGGAAGUGAAGGUGGCCGAGUUUGGUCUGUCCAGGGACCUGACACGCAUGAGGAGCCGACGCAGCACCCACAAGAAACAGCGAAAGGAGCGUGUGCCUUUGCGCUGGUACCCACCUGAGUAUUUCAGGAACAACUACUACAGCUUCAAAGGAGACGUCUGGGCAUAUGGCAUUGUGCUUUGGGAGAUGCAGUCAUUUGGAACCCUGCCGUAUCCGAACCUGGAGACGUCUGAGGAGGUGGUGUAUCACAUCUGUGCUGGACACAGAAACGUUGGUCCAGACAGUUGUAGGCCAGAGAUACAACAAAUAAUGAAAGACUGUUGGCAGGAACCUUACACAUCAAGGCCAUCCUUCACUGAUAUUGUUAGAACCUUAGAGAACGUGCUGGAAAACGAUUCAGACUACGUGGAUGUUGGUUCAGCCAUAGAGGCCUGACUCCUCUCUUUGUCAGACGAUGUGUGGGCCUCAUCGGUCAGGGCAAACGUUUUGUUGUUGUUGAUAUUGGUGCAGGGGAAAUUGUACUCUUUUGGGCUCAUUGUUCAGAAUUGCUGACAGAAAGGAACGUCUGUGUAAAGGGUUUUUCACACUUCACUGUGUAUUAAAGAAAAUACAAUAUGUAUCAUAUAUAUAUAUAUAUUUAUAUUUGCUGUCAGGUGUUUUUACUGUCUUGUCACUUGGGGUCAGUGUCACUCCACUAUCUGUAGCCUAUUCAUCUGGGUUAGACUAUCUCUGUGUACUAUGAUCUUUAGGACUGACUGUCCUCGAGGCUGAGCCUUAACUGUCUGCUGUUUUAAUAAAUUAUUUUUUAUGGGA